AUGGACGAAUUAGACGUGACGGUCGCAUUUGCGAACCUCGCCGUGGAGAUGCACUUUGUCCGCCCAGUGAUCACCGACAGUCCAGUAUAUCAUGUAGUAAAUGGCAGACACCCUACUGUCGAGCUUGGCUUGUUGGCCACCGGGCGCGUAUUCACUCCUAAUACCGUCAAAAUGGAUCCUGAUUCGCGCUUGCACGUCAUCACCGGCCCGAAUAUGGCAGGAAAGUCGACGUUUCUGCGUCAGACGGCCUUAAUUGCUAUUCUGGCACAGAGUGGCUCAUUUGUCCCCGCGGAUGGCGCUGAGAUUGGACUUGUGGACAGGGUGUUCUCGCGGAUUGGGGCGAGAGAUGAUCUGUUCCGUGACCGUAGCACGUUCAUGGUGGAGAUGCUGGAGACAAGUGAGAUUCUCCGACGUGCAACUCCUAACAGUCUAGUUAUCAUGGACGAAGUCGGCAGAGGGACGACGGUUGAUGAUGGGCUGGCUAUUGCCUUCGCCGCUGUCCACCAUCUUAUUAAGGUCAACCGCUGCCGUGCUUUGUUUGCUACCCAUUUCCACGAACUUGCCGAUAUGCUUGGAUGCUCUGACAAUAAUAAAGGCCAGGGCCCGUUCUCGAACGUGAAAUUCUUCUGCACUGAUGUAGAUGAAACGGAGGACGGCUAUUUCACUUAUGCGCACCGUCUCAAGCCCGGUGUGAACAGAGAUAGUCACGGUUUAAAGACAGCCCAAUUAGCGGGCUUGCCCAAUUCUACUGUCGAAGUCGCCAAAGGUGCCCUAUCUUGGCUGAAGGAGAAAAGGGGAGGCGCGAGGCAUCCUCAUGAGCUGCAGGCUCUUGGGAAAGCAUUGGCAUCACAACAGUAG